UGAGAAAGGCAGACAGCGAGCUCCAAUCCGAAGCUCUUCGGCGUCAUGAGCAGCCAAUAGGAGUUCGUGUAGAAGCGAGUCUGCUCAACAGCUUGUUAUUUGGUGGAUUGUGGCAGUAAAUCGGGGCGAGUGGGGAACCCGGCGCAGGAACUGCCGCUGCGGCCGGGAGCGGCGCUUCCCGGACGGGGGCCCACGGCGGUCGGUAGGGCGGCGGACUGGAGAGCUGACAGCGCGCUGCACUCGCAGUAGGGACUGGGAAGAGAACUCGUGGAAGCUGGAACCCCACAGGUCACCAGUCAAGAUGAAGGCGGCAGAUGAGCCUGCCUACCUGACAGUGGGAACUGAUGUCAGUGCUAAGUACCGAGGAGCCUUCUGUGAGGCGAAGAUCAAGACUGUGAAAAGGCUGGUGAAAGUCAAGGUAUUGUUGAAACAGGAUAACACAACACAGUUGGUGCAAGAUGACCAAGUAAAGGGUCCCUUAAGAGUCGGAGCUAUUGUUGAAACAAGGACAUCUGAUGGAUCCUUCCAGGAAGCUAUUAUCAGCAAGUUGACAGAUGCUAGUUGGUAUACCGUGGUGUUUGACGACGGGGAUGAGAGAACGCUGCGGCGCACCUCCCUUUGCCUGAAAGGGGAGAGACACUUUGCUGAGAGUGAGACGCUUGACCAGCUUCCUUUAACGAACCCAGAGCACUUUGGAACACCAGUCAUUGCAAAGAAGGCGAACAGAGGGAGGAGGUCAUCACUUCCUAUCACUGAAGACGAAAAGGAAGAAGAAAGCAGUGAAGAGGAGGAUGAGGAUGAGCGGCGUCUCAGCGAUGGCUUACUGGGAAAGGUGGUGCGCGUGAGCACUGCAGCGGAGAGGCCGGAGUGGUACCCUGCUUUGGUCAUCUCUCCCAGCUGCAAUGAUGAUGUCACAGUGAAAAAGGACCAGUGUUUAGUUCGAUCAUUUAUUGAUUCUAAAUUUUACUCCAUAGCAAGAAAGGACAUUAAGGAGCUAGACAUCCUCAAUCUGCCAGAAUCUGAGCUCUGUGCUAAACCAGGGCUGCAGAGAGCAAGUAUCUUCUUAAAAGCUAGAAUCGUUCCUGAUAAUUGGAAAAUGGACAUAAGUGAGAUUCUUGAGUCAUCCAGCAGUGAUGAUGAGGAAGACUGCCCAGCUGAGGAGAAUGAAGAGGAGAAGGAAAAAGAAGCCAAGAAGGAGGAAGAAGAACCGCCUGAGGAAGAACUUGAUCCUGAAGAGAGGGACAACUUCCUGCAGCAGCUUUAUAAGUUUAUGGAAGACAGAGGCACUCCAAUCAACAAGCCUCCUGUUCUGGGCUACAAAGACCUCAAUCUCUUCAAGCUCUUUAGACUGGUCUACCAUCAGGGGGGAUGUGACAAUAUUGAUAGUGGUGCUGUAUGGAAGCAAAUUUAUAUGGACCUUGGCAUUCCAAUAUUGAACUCAGCUGCUUCCUACAAUGUAAAAACUGCUUAUAGAAAAUAUCUCUAUGGUUUUGAGGAGUACUGCCGUUCUGCAAAUAUUCAGUUCAGAACUGUUCACCACCAUGAACCCAAAGUAAAAGUGGAGAAAAAAGACUUUGAAGAAUCCAUGGAAGAGCCUCUAAACGCGAACCAGGAAAUGCCUUUAAUGGAGGUGAAGAGCGAGCCUGAGGAGAACACCGAAUCCAGCAGUGAGAGCGACAGAGAAGACACAGAGCAGAAGUCUCCAAGAGGGCGAAAGAAAAUUGUUCGAGAUGCAAAUUCUAUUAAAAAAGAAAUAGAAGAAGAGAAAAUAGAAGAUAAAUUCAUCAAAGAUGAUACUGAAAAUAAGGAUGUCGAUGAAGACUAUGAAACAGCAGAGAAAAAAGAAAAUGAGCUGCUACUCGGGAGAAAAAGUACACCAAAGCACAAAGAGAAGAAACUUAAAAGGCCAGAAGGUUCUGAGAAAGACUCAGAUGAAGAGGAAGAGCCAAGCCAAGAGAGGGAAGACACUGAGAGCAAAUGCGACUCGGAAGGGGAGGACGAUGGCGAUGACACAGAGCCCUGCCUGACAGGAACCAAAGUGAAAGUGAAGUAUGGGCGAGGAAAAACGCAGAAAAUUUAUGAAGCCAGCAUUAAGAGCACUGAGACCGAUGACGGGGAGGUUUUAUACUUGGUGCAUUAUUAUGGAUGGAAUGUCAGGUAUGAUGAAUGGGUCAAGGCCGACAGGAUAAUCUGGCCCGUGGACAAAGGUGGACCAAAGAAAAAACAAAAGAAGAAAGUUAAGAAUAAAGAGGAUGGUGAAAAGGACGAAAAGAGGGAUGAAGAGAGGCAGAAGUCAAAACGGGGGAGACCUCCUUUAAAAUCCACGCCCUACAGUUUAUCUAAGGCGGCCAACAGCGAAGGGAAAUCAGACUCUUGUUCAUCUGAUAGUGAAACAGAAGACCCUUUGGAGAAGAGCUUGAUAAGUGAAGAACUUUCUCCUGAUAUUAAAGAUGAAUUAGAAAAAAGUGAAAAUUUGAAUGAUGAUAAACUAGAUGAAGAGAACCCAAAGAUUAUACAUCUAUUAAAAGAAAAUGACAGGACUCAGAUGCAGCCCUCAGAGACCCUGAAGGUGGAAGUCGAAGACAAUGAUCAAAUAGUUCAUAUUUUUGGAAACAAAGUGGAACAAGUAGAAGAAGCUAAGAAACAGGUGGAAAAGUCCCCUAAAGGAAAGGGAAGGCGGAGUAAGACGAAAGACCUUUCUUUAGACAUUGGAAAGCUCUCCUCGUUCAGCCAGGAAGAAGCAGGCCCCGAAGCUCGUGCAGACACUCCUGGCCUGGAGUUUUCUUCACUAGAAUGUAAAAACUUCUCUUCUCCAGAAGAUGAGGUUGACCAAUAUGAAAAAGAGAAAAAGUUGAAACGGAAAAUACUGGGACAACCCUCGCCAGAGAAAAAAGUAAGGCUUGAGAACGGAAUGGAAGCCGCAGCCAGCCUAUCCCAAGACAGAGCCAGUGAUGGCGCUGGAACUGAGGGCCGGAGAGGCUUGCAUUUCGAGCAGCACUUUGAAACAGGAAGUGAAGGAAUGCCAUCACUGAUAGCAGAGCCGGACCAGGGCACUCAGGAGCUGACCAGUGAGAAAUCAGACAGCCCAGCUGAAGAACCUGUGCAUGUGGCACUCAAGGAGGAGGAGGACGUGAUGCCUCUGAUUGGGCCCGAAACCCUGGUUUGCCAUGAGGUGGACUUGGACGACUUGGAUGAGAAGGAGAAGAGCAGCACUGAGGACGUGGUAGUGGAAAGCUCCGAGUCUCACGCUCUGGCGUCCGUCCCGCCUGCCCUGCCUCCUGUAGCACAGCAUAACUUUUCAGUGGCUUCCCCUCUCGCUCUCAGUCAGGACGAGUCCCGGAGCGUGAAGAGCGAGAGCGACGGAACCGUUGAGGUUGAUAGUGUUGCCGGAGAGUCACAGGAAGGCCCCUGUGAGAGGGGGUCAGCAAACGGGUUUGAAGCCAGCGGUGCCCCUGGGACCUGUAGUUUAAUUGUCCAAGAGAGAGAGAGCAGAGAGAAGGGUCAGAAGAGGCCAAGCGAUGGAAAUAGUGGGUUGAUGGCAAAAAAGCAGAAGCGAACCCCAAAGCGAACAAGUGCUGCAGCCAAAAGCGAGAAGAACGGAGCAGGACAAAGCAGUGACAGCGAAGACCUCCCCACCAUAGACAGUUCCAGCAAACGCACACCAGUCAAGCAUCUCAACCUGUCUAAGCCGCAGAAGCUGGCCCGCUCCCCUGCAAGGAUCUCGCCUCACAUCAAAGAUGGAGAGAAAGAGAAGCACAGAGAAAAGCACCCAAAUUCAUCCCCCCGGACAUAUAAGUGGAGCUUCCAACUCAAUGAAUUGGAUAAUAUGAACAGUACAGAGAGAAUCUCUUUUCUCCAAGAAAAACUACAGGAAAUCAGAAAAUACUACAUGUCUUUGAAGUCUGAAGUUGCAACCAUAGACAGGAGGAGGAAAAGAUUGAAAAAGAAAGACAGAGAAGUGUCCCAUGCAGGAGCGUCCAUGUCAUCUGCUUCGUCAGACACGGGAAUGAGUCCCUCUUCAUCAUCUCCCCCGCAGAACGUCCUUGCUGUCGAGUGCAGGUGAUGAAAGCCCCACCUUCCAGCAGUUUGCUGCCAUGGACUUAGUUACAAACUCUGAACUACAGCCACAGAAAGCACUCAGCUGGCGAAGGAUCUCCUGUAUAUUUUUCCAGGAUUGUCUAUAUCCUCCUCUCUUCUUUUUUAUUGUUGCAAAAAAUAAGCUUAUUAAUAAUUGAAGGUUAGGUGACCUGCCAUAUUGGUCAUAAUUUUUCCUCUGUAUUUUCUUUUUCUUUCUUUUUUUUUUUUUUGUGAUAGAGAAAAAAGGGCACUUAGCAAAUUUGAAUUUGUAUAAUAAAGCUUUCAGGUGUUCUAGAAAUCCUAGACAAGUGAGUGCACGUGAUAACAUCAGACCACUACCUGGCUGGACAGUGCCUGCUGCACUUUCAGUGUGUGAACAUGAACACUUGGUGAGUAGGGGGGUGUUUUGUGUUUUUUAUUAUUAUUGUUGAUUUUUUUUAAUUUCAUUUUUUUUUUUUUGUGGAAGCACUUGCUAUGUAGAACUGCCAAAGCAUAUGUUCAGCAGUGUGCCCCAGUUUAAAGUGUAUAUGGGACAAAAUAAGUUGUGAAAGGAAGUAUAGUUGACUGAAAACUGCAGUUGUAAUAAGUCUUCCACUCUUUAUAGGACUUUUGAGCACACAAUUAUGCAAAUAUUUUAAUGUUUAUUAAUGUUUACAGUGGAAUUGUGAAUAAGUUUUCAGUGGACUAUCUUAUCCCUUGACAAAAAUAUUUUGUCUUUUUUCUAUGUAAUUUCAGAGUUUUUAUUUUGUUACAAAAAUACAAAAAUGAAAUAUAUAACAACAAUGAAGUUAUUUAACAAGAUUUCUAAAGCUGAAAAUUUUGUGUAAAAUAAGGUAUUAUCUUGCAACUUGUUAAAUAUAUUUAUUCAGACAUUGGAUGGUUGUAUUUUUAUGUAUUUUUUAAAAUAUUAAUAAAAUUGAAAAAAAGGAAAUUCUAGGUUAAUUCACUCUUUGAAUGGCAAUAGUUGUCAGCUGUCCCUUUUGCAGGAGGUCGUAUCUGCAGCCACGUGCGCUGCAGGGAGUCCGUGUCAGCCCUUCCAGCAGACAGCUGUCCGCGGGCACCUGGACCGUCAGCGUGUCCUGUGCGGAGACUGGGCAGUCGCAGUGUCCGCGCUGUCUGGAGGCCCAGGGUCUCGGUGCCCUCAAGAUGCUUUGUCACAGCGUUUUGUUUGCUAAGCUGCCGAAUAAGCUGACGCCUCCCACAGGCGAGCCACUGUGUGCGCCCUGUCUGCGGCGUAUUCCACAGGCCGGCGCAUGCAUAAAUAAUUCUUCCAGAAUCAUGUAUUUAAAGCAGUUUUGCAUAUACAUUAUGUAAAAGAGGUGAUUUUUUUAAAAACAAUUUUUAAACUCAUGUUUGUACAUUAAAAGGGGUUGUUUUGGGAGCCGCCUUUUCUGUGGUUCGUGUGCUGUAGCGUGUGGCCCGGGUGCUCCAGACCGUGGCAGACGGGGACAACACACUUGCGUCGGCAGAGCACAGCCUCACUGAAAUCAUUGUUUGUCUGCUCAUCUGCCACAUUGUGAACUUGUUAUUCAGAUUUCUUCCACUUUCUCAGAGAAUUAAAACACAAAAGCACUCUUGUAAUGUGAA